CACAUAGAGAGAGAGAGAGAGAGAGAGAGAGAGAGAGAGAGAGAGAGAGAGAGAGAGAGAGAUGGGUUUUGUUCAGUUCCUGCUAGCUCUUGGCUUAGGCAUGACAGCUUUUCUCAUCUUUAGAUAUUGGGUUUCUCCAAUUAGUGUUUAUAAAAAGCUUAGAAGGAAUGGUUUUGGAGGUCCAAAACCAAGUUUUCCUCUUGGGAACAUCGAAGAAAUGAACCCAAAGGAGAAGAGAGAUUCUCCUUUGGGUUCUGUAAAUGUUUCCCAUGAUAUCCAUUCAACUGUUUUCUCCUACUUUGCUCGGUGGAAGAAAUUACAUGGAAAAGUAUUCGUUUACUGGCUUGGCACAGAGCCUUUCUUAUAUGUUGCAGACCCAGAAUUUCUGAAAGAGAUGUCUUCAGGAGUCAUGGCUAAGAGCUGGGGAAAGCCAAAUGUAUUUAAAUAUGAUAGAAAACCAAUGUUUGGUAAUGGACUGGUCAUGGUGGAAGGAGAUAACUGGGUUCACCAUCGUAAUGUCAUCGCACCUGCACUCUCACCAGCCAAUCUCAAGGCCAUGGCGACCUCAAUGGUGGAGUCUGCCAAUAAGAUGUUAGACCAGUGGGCUAACCUCAUUGUUUCCCAUGAGCCCACAAUCGAAGUGGAGAGAGACAUCACGAGUACCGCAGCAGAGAUAAUUGCAAAGACAGUCUUCGGCAUCAACGACGACAAUGGCCGCCAAGUGUUUGAGAAGCUAAGAGCCAUGCAGCUCGCUUUGUUCAAGUCUAAUCGCUUGGUUGGAGUACCCUUUAGCAAGCUCAUGCACCUGAAGCAGACCUUAGAGUCUAAAAGUCUAGGGAAGGAGAUCGAUAAACUACUUUUAUCGAUCAUAACUUCUCGGAAGAGAAGAAAUAGCUUUGGAGAUCAUCAUGAUUUGCUAGGGUUUCUGCUUGCAGACUCAGAGAAUAACCAACAGGGGAAUAAGAAGAAGCUUACAGAGCAAGAGCUGGUGGAUGAGUGCAAGACGUUCUUCUUUGGUGGACAUGAGACGACGGCAUUGGCUAUCACUUGGACGUUAUUGCUUUUGGCUUUACACCCUGAGUGGCAAAACCAUCUGAGGGAAGAGAUCAAAGAAGUUAUUGGAGAUGGACCCUUGGAUCCCACCAUGCUUGCUAGACUAAAGAAGAUGGGAUGGGUGUUGAACGAGGUGUUACGGUUAUAUCCAUCCGCACCGAAUACCCAGAGACAAGCAAGAGAAGACAUUCGGGUCGGGCACACAGUGAUACCCAAAGGGACUAACAUUUGGAUUGAUACAGUUGGAAUGCAUCAUGACCGGUCUAUAUGGGGUGAUGAAGUGCAUGAGUUCAAACCGGAGCGGUUCAAGGAUGACCCGAAUGGAGGAUGUAAGCACAGGAUGGGUUACUUGCCUUUCGGGUUUGGUGGUAGAAUCUGCGUUGGUAGGAACUUGACCAUGAUGGAAUACAAGAUUGUGUUAACUCUUAUUCUUAGGAGGUUUUCUUUCUCUCUUUCUCCAGACUAUAUUCAUUCCCCCACCAUUUUACUGUCUUUAAGACCUAACCAUGGCUUGCCCCUUGUAUUUGAAACCCUUUAGAAAGCAUUUUUCAAAUUUUAUUUCAUAAUUUCAUUGUAAGUUGUAAUAUUGAAGAAAUCAAUUUAUCUAUAAAUAAGUAGCAAUUUAUUUGUUUAUUUUCUA